AAUGGAGGUGGAAGUAGACACUCCAGAAGACAAGGACCUCUUCAAAGCUGCUGAAAAUGGCGACGCCUCAACCUUCCGAUCUCUCUCGUCUAAAGCACUCUCAAAAGCGCUCUCCCUCACCAACGAAGACCAUCGCUCUCUUCUUCACGUUGCCGCUUCUUCCUCUCACACCGAGGUGGUGAAGAUACUGUUAUCUGCUGAUGCAUCAGCUAGUGUGAUAAACAAUAAAGAUGAAGAAGGUUGGGCGCCCAUUCACUCUGCGGCUAGCAUUGGGAAUUUGGAGAUUGUGGAGGCAUUGUUGAGCAAAGGAGCUGAUGUUAAUUUAAAAAAUGAUGGGGGUCGAACUGCUCUACAUUAUGCUGCCAGCAAAGGUUGGGUGAAGAUUGCUGAAAAACUCAUCUCCAAUGAUGCCAAGAUUAAUAUAAAGGACAAGGUUGGUUGCACCCCAUUGCAUAGGGCAGCAAGUACUGGGAAUUCUGAGUUGUGUGAACUUCUAAUUGAAGAAGGUGCGGAGGUUGAUGCAGUUGAUAGAGUUGGUCAAACUCCUUUAAUGAAUGCUGUGAUUUGCAAUAACAAGGAGGUAGCACUCCUUCUGAUAAGACAUGGAGCUGAUGUUGAUGUGGAGGACAAGGAAGGGUACACGGUGCUUGGUCGUGCCAUGGAUGACUUUCGGUCUGUACUGAUAGAUGCUGCUAAGGCCAUGCUUGAGUUAUGUAACUAACUAAGUAGAAGAAGAAAAAGAAGAAAAACUGUUGACAGUGGAAAAGAGAGAACAAAACAGUUAAAAGGAAGGAUGGUUUUGUCGAAGACCUGUUCCAGUGGAUGAACAAAUUCCACCUGAUAUACAGUCCUUGAGAACAGAACGGAGAGAUUUCGUUAGUGUUGAAAAACAGUAUGAUUCUGUAAACAGAACAUGGACCUCUUCGCCACAUUUUCUCAAACUUGUCAUAGAAUCGAUCACACAUGGGGUUGCUAUGAGUUUUUAUCUUUUUUUGAAUAAACUAACUAGUAGUUUGGGCAUGCAAUUUGUUUUGUGAAAAGAUAGGUAUAUAAGGAUGUUAGAAGGUGGUUGGGAAUUCCAAUUCAAGUGCUAA